GCCCCGUGAGACUGCAUUCCGAGAGAACGUGAGAAAACCGGAGCGUUUUGCACAGACAGGCAUCAAAGGGGUCGCCGCGCCGAGAGCAGGAGCGCCGUGCCGAGCAAAGGGCGCGCUGCAGGACGGGAACGGCGAGCGCGGGAGGCGGGGCCGGGGCGGGGCAGCGCGGCGCAGAACGGAACAGAGCCGCCCGCGCCUCCGCCGAGGCAGGUAAAUAUGGAUCUCAUUUCAUGAAGAGCUUCCAGGUGCUAUGUGCAUUUGGAUGGAAAGGCCAACCUACACAAGAAAAAAAUCCCCGUCUCAAAGUAGAUGACCUGUGAAAUGCCUUCUCACACCACAGAUGCUUUCACAGACUUCUGACACACCACUUAACCACUCAAGACAUGGCCUCGAAAAGAGCAUUGGUGAUUCUGGCAAAAGGAGCAGAGGAAAUGGAAACUGUCAUCCCCACUGACGUUAUGAGAAGAGCUGGGAUCAAGGUGACUGUUGCAGGCCUAACAGGAAAAGAACCAGUGCAAUGUAGUCGAGAUGUCUUCAUUUGUCCUGAUGCCAGUCUUGAAGAUGCCAGAAAAGAGGGGCCUUACGAUGUUGUGGUUCUUCCUGGGGGUAACCUUGGAGCUCAGAAUUUGUCAGAGUCUGCUGUUGUGAAAGACAUUCUGAAGGACCAGGAAAGCAGAAAAGGCCUGAUUGCUGCUAUAUGUGCAGGUCCUACUGCCCUUCUAGCACAUGGGAUAGGGUUUGGAAGCAAAGUCACAACACAUCCUUUGGCCAAAGAUAAAAUGAUGAAUGGAGCACACUACUGCUACUCUGAGAGCCGUGUGGAGAAAGAUGGGAACAUCCUCACCAGCCGUGGCCCUGGCACCAGCUUUGAAUUUGGGUUGGCCAUUGUUGAAUCACUGAUGGGGAAGGAUGUGGCUGAACAAGUGAAGGCACCCCUAAUACUGAAAGACUGAAAUUCCUCUGGAGGGCAGGGAGUAGGACAAUUUUGGAUAGAGAGUCUUAUCCUUUGUAGAGUAACUGUAAGAUGCACUGUUGUAAAUAGAAUUUAGUUGUGGGUGAAAUUAGCUGCCGUACCUACCCAAACUGAGAUACCUUGACAAACCAGUGGUCUUUAUUUCUGGAAAAAAGAUGUUAUUAGCAAAAGCUUCCUCACAAAGACACAGAUGACAUUUAACAAACAUUAGAUAGCUCAUGAAUGGCAUUUAACAAUCACACAAGAAAAUGUUUGCUGAAUAAAUUAGAAUGAAGCAGCCCUGCAUA